CGUUUCCGUUGGAAGCUCUUUCGAAACACUCUUCGAAGUCUCCGUCCCCUUCUCUCGAGAUCAAUCGAAAAUGGCUGCCUCUAACUCCAUUUUCACCAUCUCUCCGUCGGGAAAUGUUGCACGUAUCUCUCUUAACCAGUCCUUAUCGCCGCCGUUGAGUCUUCCACUCAACAGAUCAAGCUCCGUCGCGCUGCGUCCCAAACCACGAUCCAGCUCGCUAGUCUUAUGCUCCACCGAUGAAUCAAAGAUCACGGCGGAGAAAGAGAUCCCAAUAGAGCUCAGGUACGAGGCUUUUCCGACAGUGAUGGACAUUAACCAGAUACGUGAGAUAUUGCCUCACAGGUUCCCGUUUCUGUUAGUGGAUAGAGUGAUAGAGUACACACCUGGUGUAUCUGCUGUAGCUAUCAAAAACGUUACCAUUAAUGAUAAUUUCUUUCCUGGGCAUUUUCCUGAGAGGCCCAUUAUGCCUGGAGUCCUCAUGGUUGAGGCCAUGGCUCAGGUGGGAGGUAUAGUGAUGCUACAACCAGAAGUGGGCGGAUCUAAAAGCAACUUCUUCUUUGCUGGAAUUAACAAAGUCAGAUUCAGAAAGCCUGUGAUUGCAGGUGAUACUCUGGUGAUGAGGAUGACGCUUGUGAAGAUGCAGAAGCGGUUUGGAAUAGCGAAAAUGGAAGGGAAAGCAUACGUAGGAAACACUGUGGUAUGCGAAGGAGAGUUCUUGAUGGCUAUGGGAAAAGAAGAGUAGUGAUCAUGUUCUCAUGCCUUUUGCUUUUAUCUCUUACCCCUUGUGUUCUACGAGUUAUCACACACUUUAUGUCUCAUUCGAAAAUAUUAUUUCCCUCAGAAUUCAAACAUAUUAAUUGAAUUUUUUAACACAAAA